CUCAUUUUCAUUCAGUUCUUCCUAAAUUUCCCUUCUUUCUCUUUCUCUCUCUUUAAUCUCCACUCAUAAAGUUGCCUUUUUGCACUUCUGGGUUGGCUUAUUUUUCAUCUAUCAUUGUUUCUUUUUCUUUUCCUUUUUGUUUAUUGUAACUUGUGUGUGAAUCCAGCCAAAAGAUUCAAGUCUUGGACGUUUUCUCCUCUUUCUGUCUUGUGUUUUUAUUUUUUUUUUGGUUUCCAUAAAAUGCCACUUACCUCUUUGCUUUUAACGCAUUUUUUCUGUAUUUGUUUGGUGAGUCCUCGGAAAAAUUAUUUUUGUUUUUGCUUGUUUUUCCAAACUUUCCAUUAUUGCUGUUAUUGAUUUAAUUGCUUACCGCACUUUGAUGCUUUCUUGUUUAAUCUGAGUUCUUCCUAUUAUUGGAAUAAAAUAUAGUCUCUUUUUCAUUUUUUCUCUGAUUAAUCACUCUUCAACGGCUCGCCAUUUUGAAUAUCAAGUGUUUUUGGAAACAAAUAUUAUCUGAAAAAUAAGUGUUUUCAUGUUUAUUCUUAUCUGGGUUGUUAUCAAAAUCCAAUCUUUUCAACUAUUUGUUCAAGAUCUCUUGUGUGGUCACCUGAAAUUUGAGUUCCUUAAUCUGGGUUGCUUUCAAAAGUGAUGAAAAUUGAGAGUCUUGGCAAUGGCAAAUCUUGUUCCUGGUGUGCUGCUCAAGCUUUUACAACAUAUGAACACAGAUGUGAAAGUCGCAGGUGAACACAGGUCAUCUCUCUUGCAAGUUGUGAGCAUUGUUCCUGCGUUAGCAGGAGGUGAGCUUUUUCCCAACCAAGGAUUUUAUUUGAAGGUUUCAGAUUCAUCCCAUGCUAGUUAUGUAUCUUUACCUGAUGAACACAAUGAUUUGAUUCUUAGUGAUAAGCUUCAAUUAGGGCAGUUUAUUCAUGUUGAGAGGCUUGAAUCUGCCUCUCCUGUCCCCAUUCUUCGCGGGGUUAGGCCGGUUCCCGGUAGGCAUCCUUGUGUAGGGAACCCUGAAGAUAUUGUGGCAACUCACUCUCUUGGGUUCCUUAGUAAUGAUAAUAACGAUAAUAAGAGUAUUAGUAAUAGUUCUUCAGGGUCUAAGCCUGGAGAGAAAGUAAAAUUGCCUUUGAAAGUAGUGAUAGGAAGUAAUCGAAAUCAUGUUGGUGAAAAAGAGAAGUUGGGGAAUAGAGCUAAAGAUGAUUUGUUGGAGAAGAAAAAGGCUACUUUGAGUAGAUCAAAGUAUCAAUUAUCUAAACAGGCAUUGACUUUAGAUUUGAAGAAGGAGGGCUUGGGGAAGUUGAAGACUUCAAGUUCUAGGUCAAUGCCUUCUUCGCCCACAAGUUGUUAUUCUUUGCCUACUUCAUUUGAGAAAUUCGCAAAUGGAGUUAAGCAACAUUCAAAGAUUAAGGAGUUGGGUAAGGGUACGGCAAAGUUGGGAUCAGUUGAAAAGGCAAGUUCUCUUCGUGCUGCAAGUCCCACCACGCAUAAGGUACCCAUGAUCAAGAAUAUAGUUCAGGGACUUGAACUUGGGGCAAAGGCUUUGAGGAAGAGCUGGGGAGGGAAUAUGGAGGUGAAGACUAGGGACAAUCCAAAGUUGAGAGCUGACAAACAUUAUACUAAGACUGAAGCUCAAAGUACUUCGGCUCCUAGGAAAAGCACUUCAAGUGAGAGGUUGCCUUCGAAAGAGGAAAAUAAGGUUAUAUCUGUGAAGUCAUCUAAAGAGGAGAAUAAGUUUCAUGUCUCCAAGAAAGUUCCUGCUAAUGGAACUGUGAAUGAUCAAGAAAAAUCAAAUAAAACGAGAACUACGAUUGGGAGGAAAUCAGGAGAGCUGAAUAAUAAUGGUCUACCAGGAAAUUUGGUCAAGGUUCCAAUAAAUAGUAGAAGAUUAACAGAUGGAAGUGUUUCAUGGACUGCACUGCCCUCUUCACUUUCAAAGCUUGGAAAGGAAGUGAUAAAGCACAGAGAUGCUGCACAGGCAGCUGCGAUAGAGGCUAUGCAGGAGGCUUCUGUUGCAGAGAGCUUACUCAGAUGUUUAAGCUUGUAUUCUGAGCUAACAUCAUCUGCCAAGGAAGACAAUCCACAACCUGCGGUGGAACAAUUCUUGACACUUCAUUCAAGCUUGAAUAAUGCUCGCAUGAUUGCUGAUUCUCUGUCAAAAAUUAUACCAGCUGGGUCAUCUUUGGAUCGUGAGGAAAAUCCUUCAGAAGAAGCACUAAAGAUCACAUCGGAUAAACGGAAACAAGUGGCAUCUUGGGUUCAGGCUGCAUUGGCCACCAAUUUAUCAUCCUUUUCUGUUUUUAGCAAAGAUCCUUCUUCAACUCUUGUAACUCCUUUGGCCCCUGCUCUUGGCCAAAAGACUGUCUCCGGCAAUCAACCCAUGUUAGUGCUGGAAAAUUCCACUAAGAAUUCCUCAACAAAACCGCAAGGGAAACCCCGCCCAACAGUUGGCUCUAAACUUGUCGCAUCAGGAGCUCUUCGCAGACCUGGAGAUGGUCCAGCCAGUGGUCAAAAGGCACAGGUCCAACCCUUGUCGGACUGGAAUAGAGGAGAUGGCCUAGACGAGGCAGUUGACUUGGCCCAAAUGUUGCAAAUGGAAUCCCAGGACUGGUUCCUCAGAUUCGUAGAAAGGUUCUUAGACUCCGGUGUUGACACAUCAUCUUUGUCCAAUAAUGGUCAAAUUGCCGGGAUGUUGACUCAGCUUAAAAGUGUGAAUGACUGGUUAGACAAAAUUGGGAAAAGCAAGGACGAAGAAGCACCCCAAGUAUCAGCUGAGACAAUCGACAGGCUAAGGAAGAAGAUAUACGAAUAUCUCCUUACACAUGUUGAAUCUGCCGCUGCUGCACUUGGUGGUGGAUCGCAAUCAUCACCACGGAUUCGACCAACUGAAGCUAAAACUAAAAGGUGACUUUCCCUUCACCACCUAAAAUGCUGUGUUGUCAGUGUAUUAUAUGUGGUAUUGAGCUGUCACUUCUGCGCUUUGACACCACCAAGUGGUUCCAGGAGCUCGGCGAUUCUAUUUAUAUGUACAUAAAUCCUACAGGGGUUUGACGUAUAGAUGUAGUAGUCAUAAAGAUUAUGUAAAGAAAAAAGGCAUUGAAGAUUUGAAGUGCCUUUUCACCCUCCAGUUUGCAUUUGUUUACUGAAAUUACACAGAGGAAAACAGUUUGGAGAGUAGAGAGUUGAUGAUCUUCUGAAUAUGUAUGUUUUGUUUCCAUUCAGAAUGGAAAAUGUUUCUCUUGAUUCUAAAUUUGGUUUCAAAGUUUUUCCA